AACGGGAGAAAAGGAGGGAGAAGGAAGGAGGGGAAUAGACAGCCAUUAACGAUUCACGGUCGUGGUAUUCAUCUCUUCCUUGUCCCGGUUCGAUACAAACCGCUGAGUCGCAGCCCUGAUCAGACAGUCUGUAUCUAAACGUGCGUCCGAAAGAGGAGAGAAGGUUGUCGUGAGGAGGGAGACUCUAGCCACAGCAUCCCUGUCUCUGUAAUCCAAUAGGAUAUUCGGAUUUGGGGACCGCUAUUCUCCGCCCUCCGGUGUGAUGGAGUCCUCGGACGAGGAGACACUGAGCGAGCGCUCCUACGUUAGCGAGAGGAGCGAGCGGUCUUUGCGUAGCGAGCGCUCGGGGGGCUCUCUGUCCCCCUGCCCGUCCGGACUCCAAGGCCCCUCUGGGGACACCCUACCCUGGAACCGACCGUCCAGACACGAGAGAGGAGAGAGGAGAAAGAGGAAAACCCACAACUCAGUGCUGGACCCGGCCGAGAGGGCGGUGGUGCGUGUUGCAGAUGAGCGAGACAGGGUGCAGAAGAAAACGUUCAUGAAAUGGGUGAACAAACAUCUCAUCAAGGUGAGGAAGCACAUCACAGACCUGUACGAGGACCUGAGAGAUGGGCACAACUUGAUCUCCCUCCUGGAGGUCCUCUCUGGAGUCACCCUGCCCAGGGAAAAGGGUCGCAUGCGAUUUCACCGGCUCCAGAAUGUUCAAAUCGCCCUGGACUUCCUCAAACAGAGACAGGUCAAACUGGUGAACAUCCGGAACGACGACAUCACAGACGGCAACCCCAAGCUGACACUGGGCCUCAUCUGGACCAUCAUCCUGCACUUCCAGGUCUGUGCUGCUCUGUGUCUUCUAGUUCUAUGUCGAGGUUGGCCACCCUGCUCCAGACGUUGUGCUCUGAUGUUGGAGGGAGGACACGGCUUCCCCCCACUGUCCCCCAACCCCAAACGACGCCUCCGCUUCCGGCGGAAACGCAAAGGAAAGAAGCACCAGAAAGGAGGGUCGUCGGUAGGCUCGGAAGUGGAAAGCAUAAGGAUAAGCAACAUACCAGAGGAAGAGGAUGAGGAUGAGGAGGACAAAGGUACUGUCACGGAGGCAACCACAGCGUCGUUCAAAACUAUGAGUGACGUCGGAGCCAAAAUCGCCAAUUUAACCGUGCCUCAGGCUCAAACUCAAUCCAGACUGCCCCUGCCCAGUGCUCUCUGUGCUGACUCCACGAGUGACAGCAUGGGGGGGUUGGGUGGUAGCAGAGUGCUGGAACUGUCCCCUGAGCCAAGCCCAGUGUGGAGAAGGCUGUCCUACCCCGGAGCUGGGAGUGAGGAAGGGGGGACGAGCAGUACCAUAGAGGCCCCAAGCAGCCAAGGGCAACCCAGUGAGUACCCCACCCCCACCCCGACCCCAGAUAACCCUGACCCAUCUUUCCCGUCCCAGGUGCACACCACCCCUGGUGGGGGUCGCGUCUGCAAAGUCAGGGAGCGAGAACAAGGGGUCCUGGAGAGGCCUUGCAUACUAAGACCCAAGAAAGAAAGGGAAAGAGAAAAGGAGGAGAAAGGGGUGGAGGAUGAAGGUGGGGGCGGGGUAGCAGGGACGCUGGGGGUUGCUUUUAACACCCCUCCGGAAAAGGAGCGCAAAGGGGUGGUCCACAUUCGUGAGGUGGGGGGCUUGCUGUGUGUUGUAAGGACAGUCUACCCCAGUGACUUUGGGUGCCCAGUUUGGACAGGAGAUGGUAACCAUGACAACGAGGUAGAGGUACGUGCCGAACCUCCAGCUGCAUCCCCAGUGACUGGGAACAUCCUCAAAGUACAGCUUUCUGAGGAGGACAUCACGAGAGCCAAAAUUGACGCCACCUGUCUCAAUAAGACGGCUAACCGCCCGGGGACCCGGGAAACUACAAAGGUCAAGGAAGGCACAGUGACUGGAAACAAAGUGCAACUCUCUGAGGAGGAUAGCAGGAGAGCCAAAAUGGAUGCCAAGACCGCUUUCCUGAUGGAGACCCAAGAAACUACAGAAGUAAAGGAACUUAGUCUGGAUAAACCAGCCCAGGUCCAAGAGGGGCUAUUAAUUCAGAACCCUUUUGCCUCUGGCUAUGCCAGCGAUCUGCUACUCACCUCCCCAGAGACUGGAGGCGCCACCCAGGUAGGCAGGGUUGGCCUGACCCAAAGGAGAGACAAUAUGGACACCUCAGGUCCCAAUAUGUCUACCAACCUUACAGGGACCCAGGGAACUACGGAAGUCGAGGGACCCUCGGUACAGGACCCUCUGUCCUCAGGCUAUGCCAGCGACCUCCCACUAACCUCCCCAGAGGCAGGGGGCGCCACCCAGGGAGACUGGGAAAGCUCCAGAGAGGGACUGGACUCUGCAACUGACAGUCCUCUAUCUCCACCCCAGGUCACCACAAAGCAGUUCCCUCAGAACAGCAUGAAAUUCAGGCCAGACCUGAUUGACAUGGAGGUGGUGGCGCAGCAGAGUAACCUUGACAACCUGGAGCAGGCCUUUGAGAUCGCCGAGUCGCUAGGGGUGACCAGACUACUGGACGCUGAAGAUGUGGACGUUCCGUCUCCAGAUGAGAAGUCGGUCAUCACGUACGUCUCCUCCAUCUACGAUGCCUUCCCCAAGAUCCCAGAGGGAGGAGAGGGCAUCGCCGCACACGAGGUGGACCAGCGCUGGGCAGAGUACCGCUCUCGUUUCUCCACGCUGAUCCAGUGGAGCCGGCAGCACAAGGCCCUCAUGGCCAACAAGAACUUCCCACUGGACCCUGUGGAGCUCAAGGAACUUUACAAUGAGUACGUCCAUUUCAAGGAGACUGAGAUCCCUGCCAAGGAGCUGGAGAAGAGUCGCGUAGAACACCUCUACAAACUGCUGGAGGUAUGGAUGGAGUUUGGGCGCAUCAAGCUGCCCCUGGGCCUGCACCCCAACGACCUGGAGGAGGAGUGGGGCAAGCUGAUCCUGGAGAUGCUGGAGAGAGAGAAGGCCCUGCGGCCCGCUGUGGAGAGACUGGAGUUAUUGCUGCAGAUGGCCAAUAAAAUCCAGAACAUGGCCCUGGAUUGUGAGGAGAAACUCACCCUGGCCAAGAACACACUACAGGCCGACAUGUCCCUGGUGGAGAGUGGCGAGGCGGUGCGUUGUGAGAGGGAGCUGGGGUUGUACCUGCAGGACUGUGAGGUUCUGAUCAGACAGCUCAACCUGGACCUCAACAUCCUCCGAGAUGAGAAGUACUACCAGGUGGAGCAGCUCGCCUUCAGAGCGUCCUGUCUACAUGAGGAACUGGUCUCUCUCCGGCUCCAGUGCUCCAGCGUCUACAGAAAGGGCCACUUCUCCCCGGUGACAGGCGGAGACCGGACGGCCCCGCGGGGGAGCGACAGUGGUCUCUCCCUGUCCACGGGGGCCCAGACCCUGCUGGGGGCAGUAGGAGUGGUGGGGGCGAUGGGGGCGGUGUUGCUCAGGAGACCCAUGUCCCGCUCUCAGCUGGUGGCCAUGUCGUCCUCGGAGGACGAAGGAAGUCUCCGGUUCAUCUAUGAGCUUCUGGGAUGGGUGGAGGAGACACAGGACGUGUUGGAGCGUGCCGAGUGGGGGGCGGACCUGCCCUCUGUAGAGCAGAACCUCCAGGACCACCAGAACAUCCACACUGCCGUGGAGGAGCUGCUGCACAGCCUGAAGGAGGCCCGCAACUACGAGACGAAAGUCUCUCCGAACUUCAGGAGCAGUUAUUCUGACACUCUGGCCAAGCUAGAGCAUCUAUACUGCAAACUCCUGGAACUCUCGUCGUGGCGUCUGCGCUGCCUGGAGAGCCUGCAUGCGUUUGUGUGUCGCUGUACAGAGGAGCUGAUCUGGCUCAACGAGCGAGAAGAGGAGGAACUGGCCUACGACUGGAGUCAAAACAAUACAAACGUCAAUGCCAAGAGAGAGCUAUACGCCGAAAUGAGGUCAGAGCUGGAGGAGAAGCAGGAAGUCAUGCACUCGCUGCAGGAAACAGCUGACCGGCUGUGUCAGGAAAACCACCCGGCCAAACAGACAGUGGAGGCGUACAGUGCAGCGCUGCAGACCCAGUGGCAGUGGGUGCGCCAGCUGUGUGUGUGUGUGGAGCAGCAUCUCAAAGACAAUACUACCUACUUCCAGUUUGUGAGUGACGCACGGGACUGCGAGACGUACCUGCGUCAGCUCCAGGACACCAUAAAGAGACAGUACACCUGUGACAAGAGCAGCAGGCUGAGCAAGCUGGAGGACCUGCUGCAAGACUCUAUGGAGGAGAAGGAGCAGCUGAUUGAGUACCGCAGCUCGGUGGCUAGCCUGGUGGGCCGGGCCAAGACGGUGGUGCAGCUCCGCCCCCGCAGCGCAGAGAGCACCCUGGGAAGCACCACGCCCAUCCGCGCCAUCUGUGACUACCGGCAGAUAGAGAUCACCAUCAGCCGAGGUGAGGAGUGUGUGUUGGCGGACAACUCUCAGAGGACUAAAUGGAAGGUGAUCAGCCCCAGUGGAAACGAGGCUAUGGUGCCGUCAGUCUGCUUCACCGUGCCACCGCCCAACCUGGAGGCCAUGGACACCGCCAGCAGGAUGGAGCAGCUGUACCAGAACGUGAUGUCUCUAUGGCACAAUCUACACGUCAGCAUGAAGAGUGUGGUCUCCUGGCACUACCUGCAGAAAGACAUCAGGACCGUCUCCUCCUGGAGCCUAGACACGGUACGUUCCCAGACCCCUGUGGCGAGGGACCAGGCUCUGGACCACUUGGAGGCCCACCUGGCUGACUUCCUCUCUGACAGCAAAGAGAGCGCCCUCUUCACCACGACCGAGAGACGCGAGCUGGAGAGAGACGCCCACACCGCCCAGGAACACUGCCAGGACCUGCUGGUCAACAUGGAGACAGUGGAGAAGGAUGAGUCUGUCUCUCGGUCCUACCUGUCAGAGCUCCAGAACAUUAAACUGCGUCUGGAGGAGGCGGAGCAAAGGCUGAUGCGCGGCAUUCAGACUCCUCCCCCUAGCAACCGAUCGGGUGACAGCGUCGACAACACUGUUCAAAUUGCAGAGCAGGAGAAGCUGCAGUCGGACCUGGAGGGCCUGCGGACCAGUCUUGGUGAGGUGUCGCGUCGCUGUGUGACUUUCUUUGAGGAGAAGCCCACCUCCUCCAGUGUCCCCGUGCUGCGCUCUGAACUCAACCUGGCUGUGGAGAAGAUCGACAGACUACACAACCUCUCCUCCGUCCACCUGCACAAGCUGAAGACAGUAGAUGUGCUGAUGUACAGCUUGCAGGCCGCAGAGAGCCAGGUGAAGAGGUACGAGAGCAGGCUGAGUGAGGAGGACAUCGUCCCUGCAGGCACCAACGCCAUCCAGGCUCUACGGGAACAACUGGGUACGUGGCAGUCGGAGCUUGAGGACCAGGAAGGGGUGUUUAGCUCCCUGCAGUCGGCGGUACAGAAGGCCCGAGAGGCGGGGACUCAGCUGAACAGGCUCCACCCAGACCGCAGCCCGGAGCUGGAGCGCUACCAGGAGAGAGCCACCCAGCUCACCGAGAGGUGGGCCGGAGUCAAGAGACAGAUGGACACACGGCGAGGGGAGCUAGAAGCCCUGGGCUCGGUCCUGCAGCAGUACAGAGAUGGUCACUCUGCUCUGAUCCACUGGAUAGAGGAGACCACUGAGAGACAGGAGAACACCCAGCCUGGAAAGACUGACAGCAAAGUCCUGUCUGAACAACUAGCACAACAAACGGCAUUAGUAGCCGACAUCGAAAAGAACCAGACCAAACUGGACGAGUGCCAAACACACUCAAAACAGUACUGCACCUCUGUCAAGGACUACGAGCUGCAGCUGAUGACAUUCAGAGCGUUUGUGAGUCGACACAGAAGUCGACCGAAGAGGAGGAGAAUGCACUCUUCAUCAGACGCCAUCACGCAGGAGAAAGAGGUGGAGGAGGAAGCAGCAGAGGGUAGCCAGGUGUCAGAGCUGCUGGCUGGGUCAAGGGCCUCAGGGCGAGCAGGGGACCCUUCCGCGAGUCAUCCAUCGCAGCGCAGGAGGCCGUUGUCCCCAGAGGAACGUGUCCAGGUGACCUCCCAGCUGGAUGAGCUGACUGCCACCUACAGCCAGCUGUGUGACAGUUCCACCGCCCAACUGCAACAGCUGGUGCAACAGCAGGCCAAAGAGGAGCAGAGAAAGAGCCAAUCUGCCAUUGGCGGAGUUAUUGACCUGGGCACCAUGGAAACCGUCCCAGUCUUCCAAGCUGCACAGAGUGGCCUCAUAGACCUGGACACCUGCCAUGUCUUAUUGGAGGCCCAGCUCACCAUGGGUGGGUUGUUUCAGCUUGACUCCCCUGUGAGCCUAUCACUGGAAGAGGGCCUCAACUGUGGCAUGAUUGAUACUCACAUCAGCCAAUCCCUAUCAGAGCUGGAGAGUGCCUUGCAUCUUGUCGACCAGACAGAACAACUGGAGGGCCAGCUCCUCCCAGUGGCUGCAGCCAUGGAGGCAGGCCUUAUCAAAGAGGAGGUGGGGCUGCGUAUCCUGGAGCUGCAGAUUAACACAGGAGGCCUGAGGGAGUUAGGAGAAGGUAGACUAACCUUGAAUAGUGCCGGAGAGAUGGGCCUGCUGACCCCAAGGGUCUACACCAAGCUCGGGUCACGGGUCAAUCGGCGGGAGCUUAUUGACCCCAACACAGCUGAUAAACUGAAUCUGGACGAACUGCGGCAGCGCUGCAUCCUCAGCGAUGACACCGGCUUGUAUCUGCUGCCAGUGAAACAGCAGCCAGGAGGCACAGUCUGUCUCCGAUCUGGCAGGAAGGUCGGGAUCUUCCGUGCUGUCCAAGAGGGACUGAUUGACAGGCAAGUAACAGUGAGAUUACUGGAGGCCCAGCUGUUUGCUGGUGGCAUCUCUGACCCCCGUUCUGGGCAUCUUCUGACUGUGAACGAGGCUGUGCGUCACAAUCUGAUGGACCAGGACCUGGCCUGUGCCAUGCUGACCCGCCAGCUGCAGAGUGGUGGGAUACUAGACCCUGUAACUGGGGAUCGCCUAGGGGUGGAGGAAGCAAUCCAGAGGGACCUACUCUCACCUCAUCUGGCCCUGCUGGUGCUCGAGUCCCUCUGGGCUUUUAUAGGGAUGCUCUGGCCUGAGUCAGGGGAGCUGCUGCCCAUUGCAGAGGCUCUACAACAAGGGGUCAUCUCGGGAGAACUAGCUUGGAACAUCCUGAGACAACGCCAUGCGAUAGGUGCCCUCUACCUUCCGGAAACCCCCAAGGUGGUGUCCCUGAAUCAGGCUAAGGAGGUCCUUGAACCCAAAGUGGCUGAGAUUCUGAAGGAGAUUCAGAUCCCAGAUGUGCUGCACAAUAUGAACCAGUCAGGUUCCCCAAAACUGAAUCGCCUAAUGUGGGGCUCCACUGGCACAUCCCAUCCUCCCUCCUCGUCCCCUGCCUCUUCCCCAGGGCUCAACUGUGACCCCUCAUUCCUGGAGAAAAUGGCCCCUGAGGAGCAGGCACAUCACCGCCUGCUUUUCCAUUUAAUGACCCACAGCUAUGUGGAUGCCCAUUCUGGCCAGCGCUUAGUGUUGCUCGAGCCUGAGCUGGUGGAACUUGUCAAGGCUGCUGCUGGUCUGAUCAAUGUGGAUCCUAUACCUGGAGUGGUUGAGGAAGGGUUGAGUUUGACUACAGAAAGACAGGAGUGUAUUGAAGUGGUGCCAGAUGUAAAUUUGCCGGAUACUCUGCAGACAAGGGAAAUUGGAAAGGUCCAAGAAAAGAGUGCAAUAUUCAGCUUGCCUGAAAAAUAUAUUUAUUCCAGAAAGAUGGUAGAAGAAGCUGAUAAUCAAGGAUGGGAUGGUACACCUGACACAUUGCAGGCUAACCAAACUGGAUUAAAGGAGAUGGGACAGGUAGACCUUGACUCAACUAUGAGAAUAAGUGAGGAGGUAGAUGGAGGUGUACAUGGAGAAGUAAAAGGUGAAAAGGAUGAAAUGGUUAGUUUUGAAAGUGCCCCGCCCUCAGGUGGACUACCAGAAAAGCAAUUAAUUACAGACUCGUAUGAAGAUGGGCUGGUAGAGAUGGAAUCAGAGGGCGCAAGAGAGAGUGGUCACAGAAAGGCGAAGGAGGAGGACUCCCUCGUAGAAGACGUUGACAGUACACUUGUAGAAGCCUUAGAAAUGUACUCGACACCGGUAAAGCCAGAGACUUUGAUGCCAAACCAAUAUUUCAAAGAACCUGAUAUCUCCCCAUCAGAGACAAAUGAAAAGGAGGGUGUGCCUGUGAGUGUUGGAGUUAAGUAUGCUAUGAAGGAUACUCAGAGGGUCACAGAGAAGACCCAACCCCAUGUUAUGAGAUUAGAGGCAGCAGCGGUGAAGAGUGAGGAGGAUGUUGAGCUGGAAAGGUUGGCCUCGGAGCUUCAGCAAGGGGGUCUACUGACUGAAGGAGGGCAGCGGCUUCUCCCGGACGAAGCCGUGGCUCAGGGGGUCCUCACUGGACACACUGCAGUCAAGCUGAUGGCCAAGGCAGGACUUUUUGGAGGUUUCCUGGAUGUCAAUGUGUGCGAAUCCCUGAGCAUGGAGGAUGUGAUGCAGGAGGGUCUGCUUGAUGAAGACCUGAUGUGGAGUGUGCUGAAAUCAGAGAAGACCCUGGCAGGGGUAGUGGAUGUAGAGAAGGGGAAAAUUUGUACCCUGAAGGAUGCUGCUCGGGCAGGCCUGAUAGACUCCAACACAGCUGCUCGGCUCCUGGAGGCCCAGGUGGUCUCAGGGGGAGUGGUUGACCUGCGAAGAGACAAAAAAGUAUCUGUUACCCUGGCAGCCAACCUUGGGCUGAUAGAGGAAGACCAAAGAGAGAAGCUAUUUGCGUUGGAGAAGUCAUACCGUGGAAAAGGCUCAGACCCAGAUGCAUCUCUCACCAAAGCAACAUUGCAGCUGCAAAUUAAUGGGGUUGUAGAUCCCAAAACUAAGUCACCUGUUCCCCUAAAGCAGGCCCUUGAAAGAGGUUUGCUUGGGCAGGAGGAAGUCUAUCAAGCCUUGUCCCAGCAAGUGGCGGAGGGUGGCAUCGUGCACCACAACUCUGGAGUUAGACUGUCAGUUACUGAUGCUUUGCAGCGAGGUCUGGUAGACUGUGCCAUAUCCCCAAAACUGUGGGAGUUAGAGAGGGCAUGUCAGGGGGAGGUAGGCCUCUCUUCAAACCCAGAUGCUGCCCUCCUCCAGGCAUCCACAGGUUCCAUUUUGGACCCUGAUUUAAGGUGUAGACUUACAUUGACAGAGGCUGUCUCUGAUGGUCUGCUCAAUGAGAGCAUUGCCAAGAAAGCAAUGGUUUCUCCAGGUGUAACAGAAGGUGUUUUGGAUCCACAAAGUGCCCAAAUUGUGCCUUACUCAGACCUUGUAAAGCAAGGCAAGAUUGACAUUAAGAGUGGAAAGCGCUUCUUAGAAGUGAAGCCUUUCAAGGGAAUCCAGGAUAAGCAAACAGGUGAAAUCCUGAACCUAGCUAAAGCAAUUGUAUCUCAACAAGUUGAUCCGGUCCCAGCACUCAGAAUGUUGCAAAGCCAGGCAGACACUGGAGGGAUUAUUGAUAUUUCCAAUGGAGCUAGGCUCCCUCUGCCUAAAGCCUCUAAGAAAGGCCUGGUAGGAGAACAUAUGGCCAGGCUCAUUGCCACCAACCAGGUUCUGAAAGGGGGCUUGCUUGACCCUUCCACUGGGCAGAGAGUCUCAAGCCUGAAGAACGCUGUCAAAGAUGGGCUUAUAUCCAGAGAAAUGGCUGCAGAGCUCCAAGACAACCUGGGCUCCAUGGAAGUAGAAUGUGACGAUGAGGAUAGUUCAACACCCGUUGCCUCUUCAAGUAGUCCUGCAGUCACAUUAUCAAUAUCCAGUCCAGACAGCCAAACCAAAAUAAUUAUCGAAAGCUCUGAAGUGAUUUCUCCAACCCUACAUCCAGAAGAGUCAGAAAAAAGGUACAACCUUUUGAUGAUCGCAGAGGACAUUGCGAAGACUCUAGAAGCUGGAACAUUCACGCAGUCAGGAACUAUGCAACACCAUGGCUCUGUUUACAUUGAAGAAGAGAUGGAAGAGGAACAGGUCUCAAUAGCCGGGAAGACAUUGGAAAUUGAGUCAAACCAGUCAAUCAAUUUGUUGGCUCAGUUUACAGUCAAUGCAGAGAAAAGGCUUCAGCAGGCCCUUCAGGAGAUGGAGACGCCGCAAGAUGUUACUGUUAGAACACCAGAACAGGAUAACAAAAAUGCAUCUAGAUCAGUUGGUGGAAGUAGUUCAAUCAUGCUGCAGGGGCAGUCUGCUAUGGGGAAAGAACCACGGAUGGAUUUGACAGUGGCCAUUGGCAGAGAAGGUAGAGACCAAGAGGGCAGCAUAGACAUGUCUACCCUUGUUCAGAGAGAUGAAGGGAAGACACACGUGGUAGAAGACAGUACUGAGAGAGUGGCGGAGCAAGGUAAAAUGGAGGUUGAGCGAGAUACAAAGAUUGAGGCCAGAGAGAGCGAUGAUCUUGGACAUGCAUCACCCAAUUCUAAGGAGGCCGAAGGUAAGAGCAAAAAGAAGAGGAAGAAUAAGAAGAAAGGAAAAGGGAAGGAGGUCGAUACUGAGCAAAGACCCUCAGAAAAAUCUGAUAUACAGAAAACGGAAAACAAAGACCAGAAUGCACAUUCAGAGGGUAAAGGUCAUAAUUGUAAGGAUAGGGGUGCUGAGUCCACUAGAGGUUAUGUUACCCUACAGGAGAAAGAGGAGUCACCCGUGCAAGAUGUUCAAUCUGCACUCAAAGGUGCUAAGGUACAGACUGUUGAGAGGUUCGACGAUCCAAAGGAUAUUGGCAAAGUAAGGGAAGGUUCUACAGUUCUACCAGGAGCCAUAGAAGAUGCUCUUGAGGUAGAGAGAGAGGGUACAGAGAACAAGGUCUUCUUGGUUCAAAGACAGGUAGAGAAGAACAAAACACCCAAGAUAUCUAAAGCAUCAGAGAAGGUUGAACCUGUGACAGAAGAGAUACCAUCCAUCCAUGAUCAAGCAGAUUCUGAAGUGGCACUAACGAAGGCUGUUCUCGAAAGCUUAGACAAAAAGUCUAAGAUACCCAUCGGAGCAGAAAAGGUUGAACCAGCGACAGAGGAGAGAUCAUCCGUCCACAAUAGAGUUUCUAAGGAUGAGCAAAAGUGGGAGGUGGAGCAGAUUGUGGAAAAGAGUGAUACAGAUGGGGUGGAGACAGUUUCUCAACAGACUGGGCAGCAGGAGCAUAAGGAUAGGAAAGAGGUGGAAAUCACUCUGAAAACCACCCGAGUAGCCAAUGAUAAAGAGGCCCUUUUACUGAAGGCAAAAGAGAGUAUUCUGAGGAAGGUGUUAGGGCGUGGUGUCAGUGAGAAGCAAGCUGCAGAGGAGCUAGUGGCACUGCGUCAGGUAGUGGGGAAGAAAGAGAGUUUGGUGACAUCCGAAGAGGAUCUUAAGACUGUGGGGAGUCCUGAGGUUUCACCAGAAGAGAGGGAGGGUAAGGGAAUUGACAAGAAGGAAGAAGGAGAAAGAGAGAACGUUGUGCCUGACCAUUCUACAAUAGCUGCAGAGGAAGUGACAAAGGCUUUAGAAGUAGAGAAAGAGAAAGUUCUAUCAGAACAGUCUAAAAGGGAAGAGAAAGGGGAGAAGGUUGUGUUAGACCAGAUUGAAGAAGGAAAGAAGGAGGAAACAUCUCUAACAGACCAGCUUAAAGAGACCAAGUCGGGAAAGAAAAAUAAGAAGAACAAAAAGUCGAAGAUGCAUAAAGUGGCUGAAAAAGUUGAAGCUGCGACAGAGGAGAAACCGUCCAUCCACAAUAGAGCAGAUUCGACACCGGCUGAUGUUGACAGCUCAGCCUCUGGGGAAGAGCAGAAUAUUGAGAAGCAGCAAGACAGUCAAUCAUACAGUGAUGUAACAAGGGUGGCAAGUGGUGACGAGAUGAACAAAAUGGCUGCCUUUACUAAGAGUCCUAGUGGAGUUGACACCAAUCAACGAAGAUCAACCCACACCACUGCACCAUACCAAGUCGAUGUACAUCUUGAGGAGAAAACUGAGGAGGACAUUUCUUUGGGGAGAGAAACUGAUCCGCAUGGCAAAGAAAUUGAACAAUUUAGGAUUGGUACAGCUGAGAAAGAUGUCCACCCAGACACCCAUCGUGUUAUUGACAUUGUGGAUGCCUCUCCUGAAGCCCUUGUAUCCAUGUCGGGCGCCCAUCUGGUCAAGGCCUCUGUGGCACCUGCUACCCAGCCGGCUAAAACCACUGGCAAAAUGAAGAAGAAGAAAAAGAAACAACUACAGGAGCAGAAACCCGACAGUCCCACUGAAACUGAGUCUAAAGAGGAAAAGUACCUUGAGUCCACAGAAUCAGGACAGUUCUGGUCUGAUGAGAACCCACAGGCUGAUGAGAUUGUUGAAUCUGAUAAAACAGAAGUACCCGAUUCUGAUACAACUGACAGCUGGAAGGAGGAUGGAGAAAUCCAAGAAUUGGAGAUAACGAAAGAGAAAAGCCCAGCGAAGAAGGGAAAGUCCUCGUUGCUCCGCCAGGAAUGCCUGGAACGUGACCAGCAAAUUGUGGCUCUGCUCUCUAUGGUGAGACACAUCGAGGUUCGCGUCAAGCAGCAGCAGCAACAGUCGAUUGGUCGCAGCCUCAUUGCUCUUGAUGACAUCAUCAAACAAACAGAUACCUUGGAUCUAGAACUUCGGGAUUUAGAACCCCAGGUCAACAAGGCAGUGGAUGCUGCUUGGCAGUUGCUGGAGCCCCGCCCACCGGAAGUCCCACCUCAGCUACUAUUGGCCUUGGAGAAGGAUGGCCGAAGCUUAGCUCGAGGUUACGAGGCUGCCAGAGGGUUCUCUGAAAACAUUCUGCAGGGGCUGCGCGCACACAGAGACGCAUAUACGGAGGCAUUGACUGGAGAACAGAAGUCACUUGGAGGGCGAGUAGAGGAUCUUCUUUCCUGGCUGAAGGAGACUGAGGCACACAUUACAGGAAUGGAUGGGCAAACCCAGGGCGAGACUCCUGCUCAGCUCACACAACAGCUCCAGCUGUGCAAGGAGUUGCAGUCGUCUCUCUCGGCCCGCUCCAAUGACGUCAACACGGUGGCCUUUGACAUCCAGGUGUUCAUCUCGGAGCGGGCUCAGGACCUGGCUCCCGAACAGAGCAGGCACCUCCUGGGGCAGCUGCAACAGCUCCAGAGGGGCUUCCACCGAGCCGCUGGCCAAGCCCACGCCAAGACCGACGCCCUCGCCGCCCAGAGAGAGAGGGAGGAGGAGAGGCAGCGCAGACGCGAAGAAAAAGAAGAAGAAGAGAAGGAGAGAGAAAGAGAGAGAGAGAGUGCAAGGGAGAGAGAGGUGGUGCAGCAGCAGAAGGCAGAAUGCUCACAAAAAUUGGAAGGCCUCACGAUGUGGUUGGCUGGAGCGGCCAGCAUGCUGGCCAAUCAAAGAGCGGGAGCAGAGUCAGGUGAUGUGAAUGUGCUGCAGCAGAAACAGAGGGAGUUAAAGGAAGUACAGAAGGACCUGCUGACCAGAGGCGAGGGCGUGGCAGAGACCAUCCGCUCGGUGGAGGAGUUCCUGGCGGAGAACGGUGACAGCCUGAGUCCAGAGGAGAGGGCCAACCUCCAGGGGGCACUGUCCCGUAUGAAGGAGCAGUACAGUGCACUGACCGACACGGCCCAGUCCUCCCUGGUCCAGCUGGACACGGCCAUCAGCACCACCGUCCAACAGAACACACAGAGGGCGAAGGCAGUAGAGGAGCUGCAGGAGACACGUGGCCAGAUCGACUCGCUGCUAGAGGAGCUCUCCUCGCUCGACCAGCCUGGGGUGACCGUUACUGACCACCUCUCCUCGUCCUCCUCCACAUCGCCAGAGGGAGGUCUACAAUCACACAGCGACAUGCUCCAGGCGGAGCUCCAGCAGCUCCAGGCACAGCAGGCCCAACUGAUGCAGGUGUCCCAGAACGUUCGCUCCCUCCUGGACCAGCCCGACUCGGCCGUGUCAGCCGAGGAGAAACGCCGUCUGCGGGACCAGCUAGACCAGCUCCAGACCCAACACCAGGAGAAGCUGCGGGCCUGCCAGGAGAGGCUGAGGCGCUCGGAGGCCCUUAAGGACGAUCUGGCCAAGUUCCUCCAGGAGCACGGAGGCCUGGGGACCUGGCUGGAACAGAGUGAGGGGGAGCUGUGUUCCCUGGGGGAAGGAGAGACGGACGCACAGGGCCUGAAGGGGAGACUGGAAGAGCACAAGAAGCUGGCGGAAGAUGUGAUCUGCCACAAGGCAGACCUGCGCUUUGUCUCCAUCUCUGGUCAGAAGGUGCUGGACUCUGUCCAGGGGGCUCUGGAGAAGGUAGGAGGGUCUGACCCAGCCCUGGAGGAGACCAAGCAGCUGGUCACGGGCAAGCUACAGGACGCCAACCACCGCUACACUGCGCUGCACACCAAGUCUUCAGAUCUGGGCGGGCGUCUGUCGGGUCUGUUGGAGCGCUACCAGCAGUACCAGGACGAGGCUGUGUCGCUCCACACCUGGCUCAGCGCCCAGGAACAGAACCAGAGUAUAGCCGGACCCAGCGGAGAGACAGACACACAGACACUACAGAACACACUGCGGGCCGUACAGCUGUUGCAGGAUGAGCUGGCAGAGAGGUCAGUCCAGUUGGAGAAGGUGAGGAGGUCAGGCAGAGAGCUGGCCAACACACGGGAAUCCCCCACUCUCAGAGCUGCUGAGAUUACCAGCACUGCAGAUGGUCUGGAGAAGAGGUUCAGCUCUCUGUCUGAGUCCGUGUCGGAGCGGGCUAAAUCAGUGUCGCAGACCAUAGAGGAGGUGAGAGCGGAGCAGGAGCAGGAGGCAGGUCAACUGAAGUCCUUCUGCCAGCUGGGGACAGACCUGAGCCAAGCCAAGGCCCUGACCAGCACACAGACCCUACUGGACAAUGUCAGAGAGGUGUCCGAUGAGUUCGCCCGACUGGAAACCAACAUCAAUGAAAGGUACAACGCCAUCCAGAGUUGUGAGCAGCAGUUGGGCCAGUUCCGGUCUCUCUCUGGCUCCCUCCUCAGGUGGCUCCAGACAACACAGGAGCAGCUGCCUCUCAAAGAGCCCAACGUCAACACAGAGGCCCUGCAGAGGAGAGUGCAGCAGCUCAAGGACUUACUGAGUGACUGGAAGGCCCAAGGGGUUCGGGUUCUGGAGCUGAACAAGACUGGAUCAGAACUGGAGACCCUUAUCAUAAACAUCACAGCCCCCCAGACCAAGACAGGUGUUCCCCAGGUCAAUGGUGCAGGAAGCCCCAGCAGUGUCAAUGGCAUUCACACAUGCAAAGAUCUGACAGAGCUGCAGGUUGCGGUGGCGGAAGUGAACGGUCGUUACGAGGAGCUGGGAGAGGAACUGAAAGACCGACAGUGGCGCCAGGAGACCUCUCUGGAGCUGAGGCAGAAGGCCAGGCAGAGUACCGAGGAGCUCAGCCGCUGGCUGGGAGACCGGGAGAACAGCCUGCACCUGGGCCAGACUGCCGCCUCCCCCUCCAAACCGGAGGUGGUACGCGCCCAGGCCCAGGAGAACAAGGCCUUACUGUCUGAGCUGGCAGAGCAUUCUGGGAAGGUGAAGGAGCUGAAGAGCACCCUGGAGAAGCUGAUAGCAGACAACCCAGACUCCCCAGAGGCAGACACCUGGAGACAACAAAUGAAGGAGAUCGACUCCCGCUGGGCAAAGGCCAAUGAGGCGGCAGUACAGCGGCAGGUGGAACUGGAGACCUGUGCUGAUAGGCUGGGCAGCUUUGCCACAGCAGCCAGUCAGUUGGGGCCGUGGCUCAAAGAGAAGGAGCUGAUGAUGAGUGUGCUGGGACCCCUGAGCAUCGACCCCAACAUGUUGAACACCCAGAAUCAACAAGUGCAGUUCAUGCUGCGGGAGUUUGAGACCCGCCGGCCCCAGUUCGACCAACUCACCCAGGCGGCCGAGGGCAUCCUUUCCCCGUCUGGUGGCGACGCCUCCCCGCAGGAUGCCAAGGACCUAGCGGAGGUCCGGUCCGAGCUUGGCUCCAUCUCGCAGCAGUGGGACGACCUCACUCAACGUCUGUCCCGGCGCUCUGAGCACAUCGACCAGGCCCAGGGCACCAGCGAGCGAUACCAGGCCCUGCUGAAGAACCUCUCGGUCAACGUCGGGGCGCUAGGCGAGCGGCUAGACGGCCAAGCCUCGCUCAGUGCCCAGCCCGAGGCCCUGAAACGGCGUCUGCAGGAGACGGGCGAGAUCCGCUCUGAGCUGGAGCAGAGGAGGGAAGAGCUGGGCGAGGCGGAGAAGCUGUGCGGCGAGCUGAGCGCCAUCGUGGUUGAACCUUACCUGAGAGACGAGCUGAAGAAGAGGCUGGAGAGCGUGAGUGGCCCGCUGAGGAGUCUGGAGGAGAGGGCCGCGGACGGUUUAUCCCAGCUCCAAGCCGCUCUCUCCAGCACCCAGCAGUUCCAGCAGAUGUUCAAGGAGCUGCGGAGCUGGCUGGACAACCAGAGUGGUCAAAGAGACUCUACCGCCGACUCCCUCCCCUGCCAGCCCGAGGCUAUCCGGACCCUGCUUGCCCAGCAAGAGGAGCUUCAUCGCGGGGUGGCCAGCCAACGUGGCCCCUACGAGCUCAUCCAGGCCGAGGGGGCCUCCCUGCUCGCCUCGCUACCCGCCGGCGGCGAAGAACGAUCAGCCUUACUGUCCCGGCUUACCGCCCUACGCCAGGACUGGGAUGAGCUCAACCAGUGCAUCACGGAACGCCAGAACCGGAUGAAAUCCGCCCUGACCAAGGCCGAGAGUUAUCAGCAGCACCGCGCCGAGCUCACACCCUGGGUGGCGGAGUGCGAGGAGCGGGAGGCUGACAUCCAGCUCUCCCUAGACCCUGCGGCCCUGGAGGAGGCUUUGCAGAAGUCCAGGCAGCUGUGUUUGGAUGUAGACCGCCGUCGCCCCCUCCUGGAGGCUUUAAACAUUGCGGCCGACCAACUCCUGGAACACUGCCGUGUCGGAGAGGAAGACGUACGCGACGAAAAAGCCCAACUCAACCGUAGAGUCGACCGGCUGGCAGAAAACCUCCAAAACCGUGUUUCCCAACUGGAAGAGCUAGCGGGUCGACUUAAGGAGUUUGAGGACGGGCGGCAGGCGGUAGAGAGGAGGCUGGAGGCAGCGCGGCAUCAGAUCGAGGUGCAGGAGGCGCUGGGCCCACAGGCGUGCAGCAACAAGAGCCUGGAGCGGCUGAGGAGCCAGCAGGAGACGCUGCACUCGCUGCAGCCACAGGUGGCCUACCUGAGGGAUCUGGCCCAGGGGCUGGUGCAGGACGCACCCCACACAGCAGGGGGUGGCGGAGAGGGAGGACAGAGGCUGGAGCAGCAGGCCCGAGACACGGACAGAGAGUUUGGAGACGUCAGCGAAAAGAUUGAAAAGUGCUGUUCCACCCUGGAGUCCCGUCUCCAGGGCGUGGGCGAGGUCCAGUCCUCGGUGCGCGACCUCUUCUCCCACCUGGCUGACCUGGACGACGAGCUAGACUCGCUGAGCCCCGUGGGGCGCGACGCCGACUCGCUUGCCUCGCAGGCAGAUGCUGUCCAGGCCUUCCUAGCUCGCCUGGCCACGUUGAGGUCGGAGCUCGAAGGUCACGGAGGCGACUGCACCGCCAUGCUCCGGCGCGAGGGGUCGUCUCCCGAUCUCCUCGCCCUGAGGAGAGAGACUGAGGCCCUGAGCCGCCAGGCUGGGAAGCUGUCCGAAAGGGGCCAGGCCAGAAUGGGACAGAUCGAGGUGGCUGCCGAGAAGGUGGGAGAGUUCUACGCCAAGGUGGCGGAGCUGCAAGGGCUGCUGGGACGGGCAGAGGAGGGGCUGAACGCACAGGGCGUGGUGGGGACAGAGGUGGAGAACAUCAAGCAGCAGCUGCACGAGUUCAAGGCGGUGGAGAGGGAGCAGGUGGACAGCAUUCAACCCAAGCUGCAGCGCGUGAACGCGGUGGGCCAGGGCCUGAUCCAGAGUGCAGCCAAACACACAGACACCCAGGCUCUGGAGCACGACCUAGAGACCACCAACCUCAGAUGGAACUCCCUCAACAAGAGGGUUGCAGAGCGCAUUGCCCAGUUGCAGGAAGCCCUGUUGCAUUGUGGGAAGUUCCAGGAUGCCCUGGAGCCCCUUCUGAGCUGGCUGAGUGACACAGAGGAGCUGGUAGCCAAUCAGAAGCCUCCGUCGGCCGAAUACAGAGUGGUCAAGGCCCAGAUCCAGGAACAGAAGCUGUUACAAAGACUGCUGGACGACCGCAGAGCCACUUUUCAGAUGAUCCAGGGAGAGGGGGAGAGGAUCGCAGCCACGGCCGAGACACAGGACAGAGACAAGAUCCAGAAGCAGCUGGAGAGUCUGGGGGAGAGGUGGGGCGAGCUGCUGGAGAAAGCCAGGGCAAGGCAGUGCCAGUUGGAGGAGCUGCAGACGCUGGCACUCCAGUUCCACGAGGCGGUGGAGCCUCUAGGAGAGUGGCUGAGCGCCACCGAGAGACGCCUGAGCACCGCCGAGCCCAUGGGAACCCAGACUUCCAAGAUCACCCAGCAGAUUACGAAACACAAGGUAACGUGGAUGACGGCAACGUGGAUGAUGGCGUUGCAAGGUAACGUGGCCCUCGCCAUACAUGGGUUGUGUUUAAGUCCCUGGAAUGAAACUGGGGAGAGAAGAGGAUGGGCGUCCAAGAGCCGUUCUCCUCUAGAGGAGUCAGAGGUCGACCGCCUCCAGGCCCUCGGGCAAUCCUGGCGCCCUCAGCUGCGCGGCCGGACCCGCGAUUGGUGGGGAGCGCGUGGGGGCGGGCCGUUCAUGCUGGAGCAGCGGCCUGGCCAAUGCCCAGCUGUUUGGGGAGGAUGUAGGUGGGAGGUGCUCAACUGGCUGGCUGAGGUGGGCCAGCGGCUGGGACAGGUGUCGGUGCAGAGCUACCAGCCGGGGUCCUCACCCAGCAGGCACAAGCACACACGACCUGACGUCACCGUGAGCCCAGCUACAGGUCCAGAGGCCUUUUCAAUUAUCGACAUCAUCCGACACAAAGACACCGUGGAACCAGACUACUCCACAGACCAGGGACGACAUUCCUGGAGGACCUGCAGCGACCAGCAGAGAGACGCUCUGGUGGAGAAGACUGACUCACUGUCUGCCCGCUACGAGGCGGUGAGCCAGCAGCACCAGGAGCGUUUCUCAGCCCUGGAGCAGGCCCAAGUCCUGGUGGCCCGUUUCUGGGAGACCCAGGAGGACCUGGAGCCCUGGCUGGGGGAGACGGAGACGCUUAUCGCCCAGCUGCCCCCACCCGCCAUCGACACUGAGGCCCUGCGUCUACAACAGGAACAGAUGAGGCUCCUGAGGGAGUCCAUAGCGGAGCACAAGCCCCACAUCGACAAGCUGCUGAAGAUCGGCCCCCAGCUGGCCGCUCUGAGCCACCAGGAGGGGGCCACGGUGAGGCAGCGCUACAGCGACGCCGAGAAACGCUACGUGGCCAUCAAGGAGGUCGUCAAGGGUCGCGCCACCACCCUGGAUGAGGCUGUGUCUCAGUCUGCGCAGUUCCACGACAAGAUGGACCCCCUGCUGGAGACCCUGGAAGGGGCCGUGCAGCGCCUCCGAUCCCCUCCUCCCGUGGCAGCGGAGGCAGAUAAGAUCCGGGAGCAGCUGGCCGACCACAAGGCAACAGGGCUGGAGCUGGACAAACUGCUGCCAUCCUUCUCGGCCCUGUGUGCCCGCGGCGAGGAGCUCAUCAGUAGAGCAGCCCACGACGACCCUGCCGCUCAGGCCGUGCGUUCCCGUCUGCUGCGCCUGCGCUCCCUGUGGGAUGAGAUCCGGCAGAGGGCUGAGGAGCGGGAGGGGAAGCUGACGGACGUCUUGGACCUGGCUGGGAAGUUCUGGGCCGACAUGGCGGCGCUACUGAGCACGCUCCGUGACUCGCAGGACAUCGUCAAGGAGCUGGAGGACCCCGGGGUGGACCCUUCACUCAUCAAACAGCAGAUCGAGGCUGCAGAGGCCAUCAAGGCCGAGACAGACGGGCUGAGGGAGGAGCUGGAGUUCGUACGAACCCUUGGGGCUGACCUCAUCUUCGCCUGCGGAGAAACGGAGAAGCCUGAGGUCAAGAAGACCAUCGACGAGAUGAAUGUCGCCUGGGAAGGCCUGAACCGGACGUGGAGAGAGAGGAUGGAGAGGUUGGAGGAGGCCAUGACGGCUUCCGUGCAGUACCAGGAUGCAUUGCAGAGCAUGUUUGACUACCUGGACAACGCAGUGAUCAAGCUGUGUGACAUGUCCACUGUGGGCACUGAUUUGGGAACUGUCAAACAGCAGAUCGAAGAGCUCAAGCAGUACAAGGUGGAGGUGUACCAGCAGCAGAUAGACAUGGAGAAGCUGUGCCACCAGGGAGAGCUGCUGCUCAAGAAGGUCUCGGACCAGACCGACAGAGACAUGAUCCAGGAGCCCCUCACGGAGCUCCGACACCUCUGGGACAACCUGGGGGACAAGAUCACUCACAGACAGCAUAAGUUGGAGGGUGCUCUCCUGGCGCUAGGUCAGUUCCAGCAUGCCUUGUCUGAGCUGCAGUCCUGGCUGAGUCACACCCACGCCACCCUGGACACACAGAGACCCAUCAACUCUGACCCCAAGGCCAUCGAGAUAGAACUGGCCAAGCACCACGUGCUGAGGAACGACGUGCUGUCCCAUCGGUCCACGGUGGAGACGGUGAACGCGGCGGGGGCUGAGCUGCUGGAGUCCAGUCCCGGGGACGAGGCCAACCACCUCCGCGGCCAGCUGGACCACCUCAACCGCGGCUGGGAGAACCUGCUACUCAAGACCCAGGACCGACAGAAACUACUGGAGGCCGCACUGCACCAGGCGGAGGGUUUCCAUGGUGAGCUAGAGGAGUUCCUGCAGUGGCUGAGGAGGACAGAGAGCCAGCUGUCUGCAGCCAAACCCACAGGUGGCCUGCCUGAGACGGCCCGGGAGCAGCUGCAGCAGCACCUGGAGCUCCAAACCCAGUUGGCCCAGCGCGCUGAGCAGUACAACCGGCUGCUGGACGCGGGAGAGUCCAUGUUGCUUUCCCGCGGGGGGGAGGAGGGUGGCCCCGGAGCUGGUACGACCCAGACCCAACAGAACUUGGCCCUGCUGCAGAACAAGUGGGCCAGCCUGAACACCAAGAUGGACGACCGCAGGGCGAAGCUGGACGAGGCGGUGUCGCUGGCCACAGGGUUCCAGUCCUCGCUCCAGGACACCAUCAACUGGCUGACCCAGGCAGAGCAGACCCUCAACAUGGCCCAGCCCCCCUCCCUCAUCCUGGACACCGUCCUCUUUCAGAUAGACGAACACAAGGUGUUUGUGAAUGAGGUGAACACCCACAGGGAGCAGGUGCUGGCCUUGGAGAAGGCCGGCUCUCAGCUGCGUUUCGCCAGUGUAAAGCAGGAUGUGGUUCUGAUCAAGAACCUGCUGCUGAGUGUACAGGCCCGCUGGGACAAGCUGGUGCAGAGGUCCCUGGACCGUGGCAGACACCUCGACGAGGCCCGCAAGAGGGCCAAGCAGUUCCAUGAGGCGUGGAGGAAACUGUCUGACUGGCUGGAGGAGGCUGAGAGCCGGCUAGACUCAGAGCUGGAGAUCUCCAACGAACCAGACAAGAUCAAAAUACAUCUGACCAAACACAAGGAGUUUCAGAAGGCUCUGGGCUCGAAGCAGCCGGUGUAUGACACCACAGUGAGGUCUGGUAAGGCCAUGAGGGACAAGGCCAUGCUGCCCGAAGACACCCAGAAACUAGACCACCUACUGGGGGAGGUCAGGGACAAGUGGGACACCGUUUGUGGGAAGAGUGUGGAGAGGCAACACAAGCUGGAGGAGGCCCUGCUGUUCUCAGGUCAGUUUGCUGAGGCCCUGCAGGCCCUGGUGGACUGGCUGUACCGUGUAGAACCCCAGUUGGCUGAAGACCUGCCAGUCCACGGAGACCUGGACUUGGUCUCCAACCUCAUGGACUCACACAAGGCCUUCCAGAAGGAGUUGGGGAAGAGGACCACUAGUGUCCACGCCCUGAAGCGCUCAGCCAGAGAACUGAUGGAGACGGGCCGCGAUGACACCGCCUGGGUCAAAGUUCAACUGCAAGAGCUCAGCAACCGCUGGGACACAGUCUGUGCCCUGUCCGUCACCAAGCAGACCCGUCUCCAGCAGGCCCUCAAACAGGCGGAGGAGUUCCGCACGGCGGUGCAGCUGUUGCUGGAGUGGCUGUCGGAGGCGGAGCAGACGCUGCGUUUCCGUGGCGUGCUGCCCGAGGAGGCGGAGACUCUGCAGACGCUGCUCCACACCCACCGGAACUUCAUGGCCACGGUGGAAGAGAAGAGGACAGACGUGAACCGGGCAGCGGGCCAGGGCGAGGCCAUCCUCACCGCGUGCCAGGCCGACUGCAUCACCACCAUCAAACACUGGAUUACCAUUAUCCGCGCCCGCUUCGAAGAGGUCCUCACAUGGGCCAAACAGCACGAGCAGCGUCUGGAGACGGCUCUGACAGAGCUACUCAACAACGCCACGCUAUUGGAGGAGCUGUUGUCAUGGCUGCAGUGGGCAGAGACCACCCUGGUCCAGCGUGACAGAGAGACCCUUCCACAGGACAUCCCUCAGAUCAAAACACUCAUCACAGAACACCAGGUGUUUAUGGAGGAGAUGACCCGGAAGCAGCCUGACGUGGACAAAGUGACCAAGACUUACAAGAGGAAACCAGCAGAGCCCCCUAGCAGCCUAGCUGAGAGGAGAGGAGCUCGUAAAAACCAGCAGCAACAACAGCAUCAACAGGCGGCGAUGCAGGUCGCCGGGGGCAACACCCGUCUGACCCAGCUCUGCUCAAGGUGGCAGCAGGUGUGGCUGCUUGCCCUCGACCGCCAGCGGAAGCUCAACGACGCCCUCGACAGGCUUGAAGAGCUGAAAGAGUUUGCCAGCUUUGACUUUGACGUGUGGAGGAAGAAGUACAUGCGCUGGAUGAACCACAAGAAGUCGCGCGUCAUGGACUUCUUCAGACGCAUCGACAAGGACCAGGACGGAAAGAUCACUCGCCAGGAGUUCAUCGAUGGCAUCCUGGCCUCAAAGUUCCCCACCAGCAGGUUGGAGAUGACGGCGGUGGCAGACAUCUUUGAUCAGGACGGAGACGGUUACAUCGACUACUACGAGUUUGUGGCGGCGCUGCACCCUAACAAGGAUGCCUACCGGCCCACCACCGACGCUGACAAGAUAGAAGACGAGGUGACCAGACAGGUGGCACAGUGUAAAUGUGCCAAGAGGUUCCAGGUGGAGCAGAUAGGAGAGAACAAGUACAGAUUCUUCCUUGGAAACCAGUUUGGAGACUCGCAGCAGUUGCGGUUGGUGCGUAUCCUGCGCAGUACGGUCAUGGUGCGGGUCGGAGGGGGCUGGAUGGCCCUGGACGAGUUCCUGGUCAAGAACGAUCCCUGCAGAGCCCGAGGCCGUACCAACCUGGAGCUGCGUGAGAAGUUCAUCCUACCGGAGGGGGCUUCCCAGGGCCUGGCGGCGUUCCGUUCCCGGGGCCGGCGCUCCAAACCCGGCUCCCGCACGGCCUCGCCCACCCGCUCCUCCUCCUCAGCCUCGCACAGCGCACAUAGCUGCGCCUCCCUGCCCUCCACUCCUGCCACCCCUACCGCCUCCUCCAGAUCCUCAAACUCGCGUGGCUAUGCCAAGCCCUGGCUGGCACACAGUAAAACGCCAACGCCAACCAAGUGCCAGUCCUGCCCAGACCACGACCACACCACCCCUGGGCACGAGGGGGCAGUUUCGGGGUCCAAGCUGAAGAGGCCCACCUUCCACUCCAGCCGAGGGUCUCUGACUGGAGAGAAUGGAGGAGCUACACCCACUUCUACUAAACCUGGACGCACCGACCCCAGGCGUACCCCAUCGGGAGCCAGUGGCGCUGCCAGCCGGGCGGGCAGCAGAGCAGGCAGCAGGGCCAGCAGCCGGCGGGGCAGCGAUGCUUCGGAUGCCUCAGAGCUCCUGGAGACGCGCUCGGCCUGCUCGGACACCUCGGACACCCCCCGGCGACCAGGAGCGGCCAAGCCCUCCAAGAUCCCUACCAUCUCCAAGAAGACCCCAAGCCCCAAGACACCCGCUUCUGGGAAGAAAUAAUGAAGGAGACGUCAAAAAGACGUCAUACAUCUAACUAUAGAGCUGGUUUGACUCCACAGGCUACCCCAGCCCCUCAAACACCAGCCAGGAUGAAAUGGAGAGGAAGAUGUCCAGACUAUAGAAUUAGAUCAAGUAGAACGGACCGUCUCCCAUUCAAAGAGAUGCUCUAUAGUGGACAGACUACUGGCGGCCAUAUUGGGUGUCACAUUUGAUCCAAACAUCCAUCCAUAGGGCUUGCAUGGGAUUCAUGCACCAAGACUACUGUAUGGAGGGCAGGUAGAGAGGGGGAGAAAUAUCUUUCUAUUUUUCCCCGCUCUCGUACACACACUCAAAUACACUCACUGGGGGCAUCGAGGCCCGGGUUCGUGCACUUAGACUGGGGUGAAACAGGACAGAACUUCCCCCUUUAAAACCCAGAUCCCAGUUUGCCUUCCAGUCUCCUGUGCGCUCUCUCUCGUAACGGGAUUGUGCUAGACUGUUUCAGAGAAAGCCACAGCAGUUUGAACCGACAACCAACCAACAUGAUGCUGCCUUAUUUGUGUUGCACAUUUCUGUCCUUACUUUUACCUAAUCUGAGUUCCACAGAGCGUUAGGUAGAGCCUUGUAACUAACUACUUUGUGUAUGUACACACUGACACACACACAACUGAAAUACACACACACACACAUUGAGGGUAGUGAUGAAAUGACUCAGAACUUGCUGGAGAAUGGCAUUCCGAAGAACUGGAUUGUGGCUAUUGUGGAAAUUGUUUCUCACCAGGAGUUAAACAGAAAAUAUCCAAUGACUGCCAUCUUGUUUUUUACUCUCCUGGACUGGGAAGUGAAGAGGAAUGACACUUCAGCAUGUCUGUGGGUCGGGAACAACCGGACUAGCGUGGAUUUAUGUUCAGUGUGUGGGCUGCCCCACUCUGACAACUUCCUGAACUGCGCUAACUGCCUAAACCUCAAGCCUAGGAGACCGUGGAAGUGGUGGGAAACACACAUACACACGGCAAUGUCCUCACAAACCACUGCAACAAUCAGUGUGUUGGUAGGUGGGAGUGUGUGUUUGAUGGAAUGGAGAGUUUGUCAUAUGGCCCCAUUAGUCUGAAGCUAACACUCAAAUUUUAAAAUGACUUCUUGGUGGGACCCCACUAACGGCAAAAACGUGACAAAAUGUGUAACAAUGAAGUGGCUUGUAAGGACAUGCACAAUUUAACACAAUUUAAGCUACGCUUAUUCCAGAUUAGAGAUUGAAAACCGGCGCACACUGACAGUCUGUAUCGCUGUAAUUCCACUUCGCCCCUCUCCCCUCCGUUGCCGCUGGAAACCCCCAGAGCAGCAAACAUAAAUGUUUGUGUAAACGCGUGUCGUCGUUACAGAAAUCAGAGGUCAUCCGCGUGCAACGAUUUGAUUUGUGAAUGUCUUUCUGUCAUUCUGGUUCAUUUAUAAUCCUGUUCUAUUUUUUUGUUUGUUGCUUUUCUAGCUUAAGAAAACAUUUUUAUUUAUUUUUCAGUUCUGUAUCAUAUCACCUUGGAGAAUGAUUAGUAUUAAGAUGAAUGAAGUCAUGAUAUUUUGUACCAAGGAAAAUGCCCUCUCCUCUCUUCAACGUUGUAUGUUUCUACUUCUUCAUAACAUUACUCAACCAGGAAGCUGACUGAUUCCCAUGGCAGCCUUUUUUUUUUUUUUUGCUAAUGACUACAACUCCCUGAACAUGACCAAAGGGGGUUGCCUUUAUUGUGUUGACAAAAGAACUACAAAUAUGGAUGACAGGGAACCGAACCCCCAGUGUCCCUCCUUACAGGCGUUUGAAUUGUCAUGUCUUUGAUGGCUGCAAAUGUGCUUCCCUGUUUGUUGAUGUGAGAGCUGAAGUAUAUGAAAACCUAAUGAACGCAAGUGACAUCUUAAGGUGAUUUUUAUUUAUUUAUUGUCUCUUUGGGGGUGAGGAUCCGGGCGCAGGAGAGGAAGUCACCUUUUGGUGUUAUUCACAGUGUGAUGAAGAGAAAAUAUGGAGGGUGGGGGAGGCGGUUAGAAGUCAAUUGUGUAAAAUAAAAAUAUAAGAUUAUAAA